UAAACGUACACAUGUGAUCGCGUCUCAUGUUGUGUCAGCUAGCUAUUUAGUAUAGUUACUAUUUCAUGUAGACAUUUGGGAUUGUUAAAUCGAAGAUAUGGCUUCUCGGGCUUAUGGUGCGUGUGUCCUUUAUCAAAGGGUGGUUGCUGUGAGGAUAAUGUACAGGGCACUAAGUGCAGCAGUGCAUCCCCAAUCCCAUGCAGACUUCCUAAAAGGUGCUCCCCACAGGAAACACCCAGGGGUGACCAAUCUGAAGACACUGUGCCUGCCAGAUGAACUCCAGAAAGCAGCACAAGCUAUCAUUCAUGGCACAGAAAUGAGUGGGUUGUUUGACAAAGCACGCAGUCUCACCAACUUCCUGUGGAGCAGGAAGAGAGCGCCUGAGGAUGUAACACUGAGGGAAAGAGCCAUGGCCCUGGAGAAGAAUCUGUGGGAGAAGGCAAAAGAGAAGGGUGGAGAUGUAGACGUUCAACUGCUGGAGACCCAAAUCACAAAGAAAGUGCUGUCCAAUCUCAGGAAGACAACAUACCACUGGUCCCCUAUGAGGUACGAUGAAGAGUUGGGUGUGGUGUACAUGGCUGCUAGGCUGGCAGGUGGCUACGCUGCAGUGAAAAGAGCUCUAAAUGAGAUAAAGAAAAGAGAUCCCUCCUUCUCCCCUCAUUCUCUCCUGGACUUUGGUUCAGGAUUAGGAACAGUUGUCUGGGCAUCACACUCAUUUUGGGGUGAAACGUUGAAGGAGAUGGUGUGUGUCGACAAUUCUGGGGCAAUGAACACUAUAGCUGAUCGCCUUCUCAGAGGCGGCAGUGAAAAAUAUGAGCCUGUCAUCAAACAAGUCUACUUCCGUCAGUUCCUUCCUGUCUCCCCUAAGGUGCAAUUUGAUCUGGUGGUGGGGGCCUUUUCUCUGUCAGAAUUGGCCAGUCAGAAGGAGAGGGAAGAUGCCAUACUCACUUUGUGGAGAAAGACCAGCUCUUAUCUGGUGCUGGUAGAAAAUGGGACCAAAGAGGGCCACCAGAUACUUAUGGAUGCCAGAGACAUACUACUUAAGAAACAAGAAAAAGCAGCCCAUGACCCUAGAAGACCGUCUGUGUUCGCCCCAUGUCCUCAUGAUUCACCUUGUCCAAAGCUGGUCCAACUGCCCUUAGUACCCUGCAACUUCUCUCAAGCCUACAGCCCGCUCCCUUUACCUGGGGCCCCAGACCGACUGACCGAGAGGUUCAGCUACCUGGUUCUGUCCAGAACAGACUGGGCAGGUGGAGAGGGUAGUGGAGAGGGGCUGGACUGGGCCAGGCUCACAGCACCAGUGCUGCGCAGGCCGAGACAUGUUCACUGUCAGGUCUGCUGCACUAGUGGAGAGCUUAAACGGGUUGUGGUGACAGCCCAUCGACAUGGCAGAGACGUGUAUCGCUGUGCCCGGAGUAGUGAUUGGGGAGAUCAACUGCCAAUCAUUCAGCCAGAGGACGACACAAGUAAUUUAGACUGACCAGUCAAUGCCAUUAUGAAUGGAGAUAGAACCUGAACGCACCAGGAAGGAUGACCUUCGAGGGUGUUUCUGUGAAAUCAACUGUUCCCUUCAUAGACUGAUCAAAAACGGGUUGACAUCCAUCAGGCUGAGGAUAACUGACAUGACAUGGAACACCAACAUUGAUUCAAGCACAACUCUCCUUCUUAAAAGGUCUGUGGUGGAGAUUGUUAAUGUGAACAGUAUGUUCAGUAUAUGACUGUCAAGGACACAGCAAUAAAAGUGAAUGAUUUGUUA